AUGGCGAUGAUCCCCACGACGCCCAAGCGCAAGAGCGGCUGGUACACGGCCGCUGAGGUCAAGCAGCACUGCACUCCCGGCGAUUGCUGGAUCACGCUGCUCGGAUCGGUCUACGAUGUCACCAAUCUCGUCACUCGCAAUCCAGCGUUUCUUGGCAAGCUCUUGAUCCACGCCGGAGGAGGCGAUAUCAGUCACUGGUUUGAUCCCAGCACUGGAAGCGUCAAACGCCACAUUGAUCCGGUUUCCAAGCAGGAGGUCUUCCACACGCCGGAGGGGAGAUUUGUUCACGUCCCUCCACGCGCUCCUAGAACAGACUGGGAUUCAUCGUUUGAGUUUGAGUGGUGGAACGAUCUCAAGUACAUGAUUGGCAAACUAAGCAAAAGAACUCGGUGCAUUCGAGUGAAGAACGUUCUCAUCAACCAAGACAUCCUUCUAGAGGUUCCUUGCGAAGAAACUGUGGGCCAGAUUCUAGAUCGCUACAAAGAUUACAACAGUCAUGCAGAUAGCUACUCUUGUCGAGCAGUGAGCUUGAGUGACGCUCAUGAGUUUAUCCAGUUGGAUUUAAACAAGACUUUGCAAUGCAAUGGUGUUCCAGAUAUUUCUGACAUUGAUGAGUUCCCUCCUCCAAUUAAGGAGAAGCUGAUUUACGAGUAUCUUGGCUCAGGAUUGCCAGCUUACUUUUAUGUUCCAGUUAUUCUUAUCUACUAUAAUGAUGAUUUGACUAUAGCAUAA